AUGCGUUGUUACUUGAUCAUCGGUAAUCGUUAUGCCCGCUAUAGGCCGUUGAUCAACCAGAGUUCACAACUCAAGACUCAUUAUAGUACUUCUUCAAUGGAUAAAUCAGCCGCCUUAGAAUUAGCCAAAAAGAAUGCUUGUCAGUCAGCUGUACAUGAUUGGCUUAAGGAUAAUCAAAUUGUCGGUCUUGGUAGUGGUACAACAAUUAACUAUGCUGUAGAAUAUAUCGCUGAAAAAGUUAAGAAACAGAAUUUACAUAUCCAGUGUAUACCAACUUCUUUUCAAGCCAGACAACUUUUAAUCCAUCACAAACUGUCAGUAACAGAUCUUGAAAUGUGUGAACAAAUUGAUGUGACAUUCGAUGGAGCUGAUGAAGUGGAUGAACAGGUGAAUUUAAUCAAAGGUGGCGGGGGUUGUUUACUGCAGGAGAAAAUUGUCGCCUCAUGUACCACGAAUUUUAUUGCUAUUAUAGAUGAACGAAAAUGUUCUAAAACUCUGGGAUCUUAUUGGACUAAAGGAUUGCCGAUUGAAGUUAUUCCUAUGGCAUUCAAACCAGUGCAAACACGAAUAGAGAAAUUAUUUGGUGGACGAGCUAUUCUCCGAGAAGCUGUUUCAAAGAUGGGUCCAGUUGUAACAGAUAAUGGGAAUUUUUUACUCGAUUGGAAAUUCGAUACCAGUAAACAGUAUCAUUGGCCAGAAGUAGAUAUUGAACUUUUACGUAUACCUGGUAUUGUUGGAACUGGUCUGUUCAUCAAUAUGGCACGUCAAGUUUACAUUGGUCAUUUGAAUGGCAGUGUUAGUAAAUUAGAAGGAAAACCAUCUAAUUCCUAUGCUUUAAAUAAUUCCAGUUGUAACUGA